AUGGAUAGCCCACUCGUUUCGCCGGCUAAAGCCCGUCAGGCUGCUAUUCAAGCCAAAGAUUGGGCGUACGUGAACUCCUGGCUCAAUCGACAAUAUGCGCCUAAACCGGUCCCCAAGUUCGAGCGCAAUGAAUAUACACUCCGCGUCCUCCUGACCCUAGCUGCUGCCAAUGAUGCUGCCGAUGAAGAAGCUGCUCUACAACAGCGAGCGCGUGAAGAGGCCGUUCAGGCAUACAGAAUACGGGAAGAGUUUGAACGCAAAGAUCCCCACGAGCAACAGAAGAAUCAACUCCUUGAUGAAGUCGAGAUGUGUUUGGAUGACACAGGAAGACGCGAUCUAGAGGACCUCGCCGACUCCGCCGCAGCUCUGGGCAAUACCUUGAAUCCGAGUCCCGGGGAUCUGGGACAGUCGAUUGUGGAGCUUACUGUGGAGGAGUUCGAGGCCCAAGAACAAAUUACAAAGGUCGACACAUUACAUCAGUAUCUACAACGAGAGCUGUCACGAUUACAGGCGGAGCUUGAGGAAUUGAAAACCGAUGUGGCGUAUGAGAUACCUCCUGAUACACAAAGCUUGACAUCGGAGUGGACACGCGGCACAAAGACACUUGCGAUCAAGGUCGGAGAGUAUCAAGAUCGCAUUGCAUCGCUAGAAAAGGUUCAGCCCCGAGGGCCGACUAUUGAGGAGUUGGUGGCAGAGGAGGAGAACGUUAUCAGGAUGCGGGAGAUGGUCAAGGCACUGCAAGGUCGCGUGAGAGCGUACCAUGAUCUUCCCAAGGAUACCCCUGGGGCAUGGGGAAAAUAUAAAGAGCUAGAGCGUGAGCUUGGGCAGCUUAAGCGACAGCGAGACUCAAUGGCAGUAUAG